CAUCGUGCACAAACAAUACAAAUCAUCUUGAAGUUUGCUGACUUUUUUUUGAACAGAAUAACCCAAAACAAAACUUGCGUGCCGCUCUCCAAAAAGUUAAAGUAUGACUUUAACAAAAGUAUACGAUGCUGUAACUGCGUUCAAGUACUUAAAUGGAAUAGCGAAUGUUUUCAAACCAGCGGGAAGAAAAGCUGGUCAUGUCAGAUUAGCAGUCUUACACAACUUAUGCAGGGAUCUCAAUCAGUUGGAAGUACGAGAACCUCGAAAGAUGGAAAUGCUCGAACCUGGAGGCGAUCAAGGGCCAAUUGUACGUAAAAUGGCCGAUUUAUCGGAUCACAUUCUAGCAGUUGGCCCUCGAUAUCAAAUGCAAGAUAUCAAAUGUGCCCCAGUAUCUAAACUUGGAUUUCAUACUAGUGGGGUUUUGUUGCUCGGAAUCAAUCGUGGUCUCAAACAAUCAUCCAAAAUUCACAUGAAUCGUCCAGUUCGAGUGUAUCAUGUCAAAGGUUGUCUUGGCACUGCUACUGAAACACAUUUCUAUGACUCCAGAGUUACUGUUAAGUCAAAAUUCAAUCAUGUCCAUGCUGAAAAAAUAAGUGGCAUGGUUUCAUCUCUUCAAGCAUCCCACCAACGAAAGAUGUAUGAAUUAUGUGGUGUUGAUAUUCAAUCACAGGCCGCCUACGAAAUGGCGUCAAAAGGCAUCAUUCGUCCGGCUUCAAACUCACAACCUGUUUUAUAUGGAAUAAAAUUGAUUGACUUCAAUCGGCCCGAAUUUACUUUAGAAAUAGCUGCAAUCAACGAAAACGAAGACUAUCUGGCAAUGUUAGUUCAUGAGAUUGGCAUAGAAAUGCGAACGGUGGCUCAUUGCAAGGCAAUUCGGUGCAUUAGGCAUGGACAUUUUACAUUUGAAGAUUCUCUACUGCAUAACAGCUGGAAUUUGGCGUCGAUAUUUGAAAAUAUGCGAAUAUCAAAGAAAAUUCUCGAGGACCAUCCCCAAAUGUUAGACCAACCUAACGUAGAACUACGAGCAGAGAGUUAAAAUAAAAGGAAAUAAGGUAAGACAAAUAGAAGUAACUAGUAACAAAAUAAAAAGAUUUAAAUACAA